GCACUCAAAUCCAAUGCAAGGAUAGAAGGCAAAACGUCCCCUAUUUCUCAUUUCCAUUUUCUGCCCUUACUUAAAUUUAUUCUUAUGAAAUUAAAAAGGGAACAGCUUUGUUCUUUUCUCAUUCCCUAAAAGUAUACCUAAGUAAUAGGAUCUGGAACUUCACCAAUCCUUUCUCUUACCAGACUUUUCACUCGCUUUUUUUUAGUUUAUAUUUACUUGGCUUGAGUUGGUAAUUAGUCUAGGUGGUUAGUUCUACUUAUCAUUCAUAGUCGCUCUUUCGCAGAUGCGACGUACUUCUGUCUCUCUCCCAUCGAAGAGUACAUCACACGACCCUCACGAGAAGCUUGCAAGAUAUAGUAAUUCGGGCGCAAACGAAAGCGCCGCUUCCAAACUGGAGAAAUCAAAGAACGCUAGAAUGACCCAAAGUCAGCGGUCCAGAUACUUGAAGACAGGAGGAAUCCUGCUCUUCGUAGUCUUCCUGUUCUAUUAUCUGUCUCCAAGCGGUACGCAGGUACCAAGCACUGUUGGCGGUGCUGUCGAAGGUGCUGUCCAAGGUGCUGUCGAUACAGUUAAGAGUGGUAGUAAUGAUGGACAAUCUCCAUCUGAUUCGACUUAUGGGACAACGAAGUGCUCGAAAUCCUACAGCAAGUCGAAGCCGAUUGUUCAAUAUGCCAUCAUGAUUGAUGCUGGAAGUACCGGAUCUCGAGUUCACGUAUACAAAUUUAAUAACUGCGGCCCUACACCAGAGUUGGAGUCUGAGGAGUUCAAAAUGACUGAAAAGAAAGAGGGCGGCUCCGGAUUGAGUUCUUAUGGAUCUGAUGCUGAAGGUGCUGCAAAGAGUCUCGAUAUGCUUAUGGAUGUUGCAGUGAAAACUGUCCCCGAUGCACUUAAGUCUUGUACUCCUGUGGCUGUCAAAGCUACUGCUGGUUUAAGAAAACUUGGCCCGGAAUUGAGCAACAAUAUUCUCAAGGCUGUUCGUACCAGAUUGGAGACUGUCUAUCCUUUCGCGGUUGUAUCCGACGAAAAGGGUGGAGUCCAAGUUAUGGAUGGUACUGAUGAGGGUGUCUACGCUUGGAUCACAACCAACUUCUUACUUGGUAACAUUGGAGGUCCAGCUCCUGGAGAUACUGCAGCAGUUUUCGAUCUUGGUGGAGGUUCGACCCAAGUUGUCUUUGAACCAAAGUUCAAACUACCCGAGAAGAUGGCGGAAGGUGACCAUAAAUACAAGCUUACAUUUGGCGGAAGAGAUUUUGAGCUAUACCAGCAUUCUCAUUUGGGAUAUGGUCUAAUGGCAGCCCGUGAAACAAUUCACAAGACUCUCAUCGAUGAUAUUCACGCAGCCAAUCCUUCAGACCUCUCCUGGACCGCAUCGCCAAUCAUCAAUCCUUGUAUUGCACCAGGCAUGAACCGUUCAGUUGAUAUUGCAUUUGAUGAGAAACAUCCUCUUCGUGCUAAGUUGGGUGAGAAGAACGAAUUCGUCAUGAAAGGUCCUUCUUCCCCAUCACCAGCUCAAUGCCGCAAACUCGCAGAGAAGAUGUUGUAUAAAGAAGCCGAAUGUAAAGUUGCACCUUGCUCUUUCAAUGGUGUGCAUCAGCCUUCCCUUGAAAAGACUUUCCAACAUGAGGACGUCUACACCUUCUCAUACUUCUUCGACCGUACCGAUCCUCUCGGAAUGCCAGAAUCCUUCACUCUACGAGAGAUGCACGAUCUUACCAGCCAAGUUUGUGGCGGCGAAUCUCACUGGGACAUGUUUACUAGUAUCCCUGAUGCCAUAAAGGAGCUGAGAGAUAGACCCGAAUGGUGUCUUGAUUUGAACUUCAUGAUGGCUUUGUUGCACACUGGUUAUGAAAUGCCAAUUGACAGAGAGGUCAAGAUUGCAAAGAAGCUCAAGGGCAAUGAGCUUGGAUGGUGUCUCGGUGCUAGUCUUCCGUUACUUGAGGCUGGCUCCGGAUGGAAAUGCCGUGUCAAGGAAAUCUCAUAGAUGAUCAUGUAAUGAGCCUCGAGAUAUGUAUGAUUCAUGGAUGAUUGGCGUAAUGCGGGGAUCGACUUUGAAAGAUCAUUUAAAACUUAGAGGUAUCGAAGCUGUUUUCUUCCAGUGGCUUUGAUCAAGUAAAUAAUUCAUGACCAUUUUAUUCUUCACCCAUAUAUACGAGUCAUCUUACCUUUUAGGACUUAUCUUU